UAUGUUGACAAUCUCUGAUACUACCUCACUAACAAUCUUUAUUUGAAAUACCUCGUUGUUAUUAUUAGCUUGGACAUUCGGCAAAGCCAAAUACAGAAUACAAAUCUCACAACGUGCUAUGCUGAUCAGUUGUCUCUAUUCUUGCUGCGAUGGAAGAUGCAGACACAACUGUUUUCUACAACGACGAGGACGAUUGUCUGGACUACGAGUGUUUGCACAACAAUGUCGAAUACGAUUAUGAUUACACGGACUCAGAGAAGGAAACUCUUCACGAUUUAUAUCAGCAUUGUCUCAGUCCUAGUCUAUUUGAUACUGGACACUAUAUACUGCCUUUAUUGGGCAGUACAAUUUUAUUUAGACUACUUGUUCACACUGAAUACAUAUCGCAUCAAGUAUUUCAUAUAUUAUCGGUUAUUAUAGGCUUGUAUAUAAUUCAACAUUAUGUGCAUGAAUCCUUAAUAGUAUUGAUAGUAUUUGUUCUAUUUUCUUAUGGUAUUUUACAUGUACCAAAAAGAUGGCACAAAGGUGCAGGAAUUUUUUUACCAUCCCUUUUGAUAAUUGCAUAUUGUGAACUCUCAAUGCAACCAGUGAUAUGGCAUAGGAUACGCAGUGUCAUCAUGACUAUGGUGAUGAAAGCGAUUAGCGUUGCCAUUGACACAAAUGACUCAAACAACUUGCCAGAUGUUUACAGUUACAUGGGUUACAUGUUCUGUGGUGUAACUUGUUUAUUUGGACCAUGGGUGUCAUUUAAAGAUUAUUUGUCGCUGCGUUACUCUAACAGUCAGACAAGAUGGUGGAUAAUAUGUAGUAUAGGAUUUGCUUUCCUUUCCUUUGUCUUCCUGAGUAUUUCAAAUUGUUGGACGCAAUGGAUAUUUGUAGAUAACUCUUGGAAAUGGUUAAUAGCAUACAGAGAUGCAUUAUCCUUCAGAACAUCCCAUUACUUCAUUUCAUACAUAGCUUCGGCACUGCUGGUUUUGGGAGGAUUUCCCCUUUCAUCAUCGACGAUAGUUAAGCCCUUGUAUAUCGAGUUUCCACGCUCGCUUGUUCAAGUCGUCGUUUUUUGGAAUAUUCCAAUGCAUCAAUGGCUAAAAACGUACAUAUUCCGUCCUAGUAUUAAAAACUUGGGAAAGUUUGGAGCAGUGAUCAUCACGUAUCUAAUAAGUUCUCUUUUACACGGAUUGAACUUUCAAUUAGCAGCCGUGUUACUUAGUCUAGGAUUUUACACGUAUGUGGAAUUUCAACUUAGGGCCACGCUCGCCGACACCUUCGAUGCUUGUGUCACGUCCAAACAGUGCACCAAGAAAAAAUGCAUACAUAAAUACAACUCGCAUAACUGUAUGGUGUUUAUAACAAACUUGAUGUUUUCUUUCGGGGCGAUAUUUCAUUUAGCUUAUUUAGGUCUCAUGUUUGAUACGUCGGAUCUCCAAGAAACAGGCUACAGCUAUAAUCACACAAUCAACAAGUGGGCCGAACUCGGAUUUGCUAGUCACUGGGUAGCAUUAGCUACGUAUUGCAUUUAUCUUUUAACUAAGUAGCGAAUUAUUUAUCUUUA